CCCACGGGUCGCGCACUUUUGCUGUCGUGUCGACAUUUUACGGUCCUCCUCCGCAGCAGCAGUGUAGAUCUCUCAUUCACUUGAUAUCCAUCCAGUUGUAUACACAAACAUCUUGUAAUCAAUAUAAACGAAUAUGUCUGAAAUCACUCUACCAACUGUCUGGAUACUUGGUGGACCUGGUAGCGGCAAGGGUACCCUUUGUGACAAGAUCGUUGCCAAAUACGGGUUUACUCACAUUUCGACUGGUGAUUUACUGAGGGAUGAAGUUAAUACAGGAUCAGAACGUGGCCAAGAGCUGGUGAAAAUUAUGAAAGAAGGAGCCCUAGUUCCCACGUCUGUUGUGAUGGAAUUACUCAACGAGAAGAUCAAAAGCAAAUUAGCUACAUCCAAAGGUUUCCUGAUCGAUGGUUAUCCACGGGAGAAGAAACAAGGAGAGGAAUUUGAAACUGCAAUAAAACCUGUAGACAUGGUAUUGUAUUUGGAAUCCAAAGACGAGACGAUGGUGCAGAGAUUGCUCAAACGAGCUGAGACUAGUGGUCGGUCAGAUGACAAUAUGGAAACAAUUAAAAAGCGGUUGCAGACGUUCCACGAUAAUAAUGAUCCUAUUAUAGAAGCAUACAAGUCUAAGGUAGUAAUAAUAUCGGCUGAACAGAGUGCCGAGGCUGUUUUUGCUGAAGCAGAGAAAAAACUUGAUACAUUGGUUGCAUAAUCUAAAAAUUAAAGUCUACRUCAGUUUUGAUGAUAAUAUAAAUCUACUAAUUUAUGUAAAAGCUCAAAGUUCCAUUUGAAAAAAAAAUAUGAGAUACAAUUUCUUCACAUAUUAUGUACAUUCAAAAUUCACACAAGCUAUAAAUAUAG